CUCUCUGCCAAUUGGAGACUCCCAAAAUAGCAUAGCAAUUUGAUCUGGGGAUCUGGGAGAAUUGUCAAGGAUCAUGAGUGACCUCCCCUCUUCCCUGUUGCCCAAGCUCCUUGAAUACCAGAAAUUGAAAGCUAAAACUCAACUAAGGGAGUUUGACCAGCAUUCAACACGGUCUCGGGGAGAGUGAAAGGGGAAGCUGAAAGGCAAUCAGGACCCUCUUGAUGUAAACUGCCAACCUAGAAUUGCCAAAGUACCCUUCUCUAUUUUAAUGUUCUUCCCUGCCCUCUUCCUGCUCUUUUAAAACAUUCAUAGAGCUGCCCAGAAUGAGUGGAAAGUUUCAGGGUCAGGGAGAACCUCUUCCCUCCCCCACUUUCCAUUGUCUAAAAUCAGCCUCAGCUGUUCCUAGAUUUUUUUUGCUGGUGAUGUCAGUUCAUCAAAGCGUCUCACCCUGUGUUCCCCCAGGAGAACAAUGAUGGGGUGGGGGGAGCUGCAAAGACCAUAUUAGGAACAAAAGGUGGAGCUAUGAGCACAGAUAAAGACUCAAGUCUGGGGACCUCCUGGUCACUCAGGCAGCAGCCCCUUCUUUCUUGCCCCAGUCUCCAGUUCUCCAGUGUUCACAGGUGAGCCUACCAACAGCCACUGCUCAUGAUGGAGGCCAUCAAGAAAAAGAUGCAGAUGCUGAAGUUAGACAAGGAGAAUGCUCUGGAUCGGGCAGAGCAAGCUGAAGCUGAGCAGAAGCAGGCAGAAGAAAGAAGUAAACAGCUGGAGGAUGAGCUGGCAGCCAUGCAGAAGAAACUGAAAGGGACAGAGGAUGAGCUGGACAAGUAUUCAGAAGCUUUGAAGGAUGCCCAGGAGAAGCUGGAACUGGCAGAGAAGAAGGCUGCUGAUGUGAGUAUUACAGAGAUGGAGGAUGGGUUUAAUCUACACAUAUAGAUCUUUAUGUUAAUGUAUGACAAAAUUCCAAACACACUUGUGGGUUCAUGGAACACAGACAUAUAUA